GCCAACAUGGCGGCCGCCAGUGUCUUCAGACCGGGCUUGUUCAACAACAAAGUGGCCAUAGUGACCGGUGGAGGGACCGGAAUCGGAAAAGCGAUUGCCACCGAGCUGCUGGAGCUCGGCUGCUCAGUGGUGAUCUCCAGUCGAAAGCUGGAGCGGCUGGAGGCAGCAGCUAAAGAGAUGAGGGAAAGAAUUCCUCUCUCCAGCCCUGCAAGUGUCACCCCACUGCCCUGCAACAUCCGGAAUGAGGACGAGGUGAGGACCAUGGUGUCGUCCGUGCUGAAGAAGUUCGGCCAGAUCGACUUCCUGGUCAACAACGGCGGCGGCCAGUUCACCAGUCCCGUUGAAAACAUGUCGUCGAAAGGAUGGAAGGCUGUGAUUGACACCAAUCUAACUGGGACCUUUCACUGCUGCAAGGAGGUCUACACUGCUUGGAUGAAGGAACACGGCGGUGCGAUUGUCAACAUCAUCGCUGACAUGUGGAAAGGAUUUCCAGGCAUGGCUCACACUGGAGCAGCCAGGUCAGCUGUGGACAACCUCACCAAGAGUCUGGCUAUUGAGUGGGCUAGUUCAGGGGUCAGGGUCAACGCUGUGGCACCUGGGACUAUAUUUUCUAAAACUGCCAUGGAGAACUACAAGGAGUUAGGACGAGAACUGUUUUUGAUGUCUGUUCCAUUUUGCCCUGCAAAAAGACUGGGAGUACCAGAGGAGAUCUCGCCUGCAGUUUGCUUCCUACUGUCUCCCUCCGCCUCCUUCAUUUCGGGUGCCACACUUCGAGUGGAUGCAGGACAGAGUCUGUACAAUGCUCCGUGGCAGAUUCCUGAUCACAGUGCAUGGCCUGAUGCUCCAGAUGGCGAGAAUCUGAAGUGCCUGAAGGAACUGUUGAGCUCUAAGAGCAAACUUUGACUUGUUUGAGUAACUAACACAGUCAGAUGAUUCAAAUAUCAAUGAUUUUGUCAUAAGCUAAUGGAGGCUGAGCAUGGCGAGAUGUAUGAUGGGAAGCAGGAUUUGCUGUCAUGUGAUCAGAUUUAAUUUUAGUGUCAUGUAUAUGUAAAUGUAAAUGUAUAACCUUUUUGAUUGAACAUAUGUGUUUCAUUUCAAUUACAAGUGGAGUUGUUCACUGACCUUUCUGUUGGCAAAGACAACUGGUCGUUACAUGUAAACACAAUAAAAUCUCACAUUCACUGUAAAAUGAG